AUGUCACCCCCCUGCGCAAAUCCCGCACCUCCCUGGAGACCUUCAGAGGUGGGGGUCCCCAUCAUCGCAGCACUGCUGAGCCUGCUGACCAUCACGGCUGUGGCCGUCCUCAUCAAGGUGGUUCUGGACAAUUACGUCCUCUGCGGGCAGCCCCUCCAUUUCAUCCAGAGGGGGCAGGUGUGUGAUGGCCAGCAGGACUGUGCCUCAGGGGAGGAUGAGCAGCACUGCGUCAAGAAAUUCCCCGAUGGGCCUCCAGUGACAGUCCGCCUCUCCAGGGACCGAUCCACCCUGCAGGUGCUGGACCUGGCCACAAAGAACUGGGCCUCCGCCUGCUUCGACAACUUCACAGAAGCUCUGGCCAAGACAGCCUGUGGGCAGAUGGGCUAUGACAGCAAACCCACCUUCAGAGCCGUGGAGAUUGACCCAGCCCAAGACCUGGAUGUUGUCAAAAUCACAGAGAACAUGCAGGAGCUUGAGGUGCGAAACUCAAAUGGCCCCUGUCUCUCAGGCUCCCUGGUUUCCCUGCAGUGCAUUGCCUGCGGAGAGAGCCUGAAGGUCCCUCGGGUGGUGGGUGGGGAGAUGGCCUCUGUGGAUUCUUGGCCUUGGCAGGUCAGCAUCCAGUAUGACAAACGACACAUCUGUGGAGGGAGCGUCCUGGACCCGCACUGGAUCCUCACGGCAGCCCACUGCUUCCGGAAGCAUCUCGAUGUGUCCAACUGGAAGGUGAUGGCCGGCUCAGACAAAAUGGGCAACUUCCCCUCCCUGCCUGUGGCCAAGAUCUUCAUCACUGAGCCCAACAUCACGUCCCCCAAAGAGCAGGACAUUGCCCUCGUGAAGCUGCAGCUCCCGCUCACAUUCUCCGGCACAGUCAGGCCCAUCUGCCUGCCCUUCUCUGACGAGGAACUCACUCCAGCCACCCCACUCUGGGUCAGCGGAUGGGGCUUUACAGAACAGAACGGAGGGAAGAUAUCUGACAUACUGCUGCAGGCAUCUGUCCAGCUCAUUGACAGCACUCGGUGCAAUGCAGAGGAUGCGUACCAGGGGGAGGUCACCGAGAAGAUGCUGUGUGCAGGCAUCCCGGAGGGCGGUGUGGACACCUGCCAGGGUGACAGCGGUGGGCCUCUGAUGUAUCUCUCUGACCGGUGGCAAGUAGUGGGCAUCGUGAGCUGGGGCCAUGGCUGUGGGGAGCCGAGUACCCCCGGAGUGUACACCAAGGCCACAGCCUAUCUCAACUGGAUCUACAAUGUCCGGAAGUCUGAUCCAUGAUGCUGCUGCCCCCUGCAGUGCUGGCAACUGCUUCCCCCCCCCCC